GUCAUCAUUUCCGAACCCAGCAGCAGUCUGUCCACAGCAGCAGCAGCAGCAGCUUCACGGCUCACUCAGGAAGCUGAGGAAGAUAAGAUGCGCGCCUCCUAAAUCAAAAAUGGACUGCGCACUUUCUCCACGGGCUUUUAUAUCGACCGCACCGUCGUCCUGAAACGAUGCCCGGCGCAGCAUCAGCAGCAGCAGCAGCAGCAGGACGGAGCGCGCGGUGCCGUGCGUCGCGGUGCUUCUGCAUUUUUACGCAUUCGCUGAAAUCAAACGGCGUCACACGCAGCGGAGCCGCACUUUAACGCUUCCCAUAAUAACAUGUCUGAGGGAGACUGCAGCAGCCUGCGGGGUUUGGAGCAGCACUGGAGACCAGCACCAAAGGAUGUUUUUAUAACGCUUGCAAAUCACAUUUCUUAAUUUUUGUAGGUACUUCACAUCAACUGAAAGACAAACCAUGGCCGAUGAGAGCAAAGUGUCCCAGCAGAUCCAGAGUGUGGAGAGGAGCGUGGUGUUCCUCAGGCAGGAACACCUCACUUUGCUCCAUGGUCUCCACCUGGAGAUCCUCUCUCUGCAGAAACGAUGCUCAGAGUUGACAAGUGAGCUGGAGAUGAAGCCUUCAGGCAGGAGUCAAAUAGAUUUACAGGAGGAAGAGGAACUGCUGGAGGAGCAUUGUGAUGAUUUGGAGAACCACCUGGCAGACAAGGGGUGCGCCUUAGGAGAGCUGCGAAUGGAGCUGAGUCACAAAGGGGCUUUAGUGGGAGCCCUCCGAGCCAAUCUCAAAGAAAAGGAGCGGCACUUUCUGGAGGAGCUCAAACGCCGCAGCCAUUGUUCGACCAUCCUCAACACAGAGCUGCAGAAACAAACAGAGGCAGCGGCGUACCUCUCCUUCCAGCUGCAUGCUGCCAGGCAGAAACUGCACCACCAGCGGAUGCAGCAGAGGCAGGGACUCCUUGCCAGAGCGAACAGUCAGGGGGCCCACUAUGGUGCCGAGCAGAACACGGUUUCUCCUCAAAUGCCAUCAGGAGCCUCCCCUUCCUCCCCUGUGGUAAAACCCAAACGUAGGAGCGCGAGGGCGUCUUUGAGAGUGGAACGUGCCCGGGAAUGUGUGCCAAUGGAGAGAGUGAUGGGCCCUGCAGAGCCCACAGCCAUGCCGGACCCUGCGCUCUUCCUCUACCCUCGAAGGCACAGGGCUCGCUCCAGGCACACUGUGACACAAAGACUACCUCCACUUGGCCUGGAGAAGGAAGAUGAGGAAGAAGGAGGUGGGGAGGGGCCAGUGGAGCCCCAGGAAGAAGCUGUCAGACUGGUGUCUUCAGCUGCAGUUCCUCCUGCUGCUGAGACAAAGGCAGAUUAGCAACUACUGUGAUCUGUACCACAGUGUGAUCACUGUAUGAUCAUCUUACGUCAGACUGUUAAUGCUGUUUACUCUUGUUCUGCACCUUGGACUGAAUUAUUAAGUGACACUGGUUUUAGCUACUGAAUUAUAUUCACAUUUACCAUAGAACCUUUUUUAAAGUGGACUUUGAUAUGAAACUCAGUGUCAUUUAAAGUAAUUCUUAAAUCAAGUUUAAUGUGUUUACACUGAUGCCACAUGCUCUGUGUACUGAGGGGCCUUAUUACAAAGCGGUCCCUUUUAGAUUUGUUGUGAGGGUGUCUUUCACAAGGGUAGCAGCCAUUUUGGGUGUAGUGAACAGUUGGCUGUAUGGCCCAACCAACUGUGACCUUUCAAGGUCAACCGUAAAUCACUCCAUGUGGCUGAAUAUUUGUGUGGCCACCUGCACACAAAUAUUGCAACUGCUGCUGUUUGUGUAUGUUUGAAUUAACCGACCGUAGUAACAUGACAUUGUUUUACGUUUUGUUGAUUUUAAACACUUCUUGGUUAAAUCGGUUGUGAUGGUGUUACAUUUCAUACAUUAUCCACAUGACACUGAGUGAAUGACCUUCAGCUCCAACAAUAGAGGAUAACGGAAACGCAGGUUGAAAUCACUGUGUUAUAGCUGCAGGUACAUGUUACAAAAAAUAACCUUCUUCACAGCAGGUCUGAUUUUAAUAAUUGGAAUACAUUUUUAGUAAGAAGAACUGUGAACCUGUAGCACCUAGUAGUACUAAUCAAACUUUAUCAUAAAUUGACCACAGUUAACAAAAUGUAAUAUAAUAUAAUAUAAUGUCACUUUGCUCCACAGACAUGCCACUGAUCUCUGUUUUUACCUACUUUACUCUGUCAUUUAUAUCACAAAAAUUACAAGUCUUACGUCACAACUAACAAUUAAUUCCUAUAUUAGUUGUCGACAAAAUAAUUGAAAAACUAGAAUUGGAAAACAGAGGGACAACAGGUAAGUCAGCAGUAAUGUUGGCCAUGUGCAAAGGUCCACGCAUGUAUUAUUGUAAUAUCUAGUCGGGCUCACUGGACCAUGUGUUUGGUUUGUGUACUAAACAACACAGGAUUACCACUUAACAACAUUUCUGUUUGAGGUUGCUGUGUUGGGGUUUUUUCCCCUCAGGAGAAACGGACAAACAGGAACAUAAGCAGUAGAAUGAGGAAUAAUUUGGUUUAAGGAAGGUGGUUUAAGGUGUCACUUUUCUGUGUGAUACAAAUCCAUGACGCCUGUGUCAGUGAUAAGAAGGCAGGCUCAGUAGGAAUAUAUAUAUCUAUAUAUAUAGAUAUAUA